UUUGCUCUAUGAGUUAUGCUGCUCCUUUUUCCUCACUCCCCCUCUCGUCUUUUUCCUGAAGACUUAGACGAGUGCCAGCAGAGCAGGUGCCAUCAGAACGCGCUGUGCACAAACACGCAGGGUUCAUUUAUCUGCCAGUGCAGGCCAGGUUACAGCGGAGACGGCUUCUACUGCUCCUCAGAGCGGACCAAAACCCAAUGCGAGGACAUCAGAGAACGCCUUCUAGGUCAGACCAGCUUCAAUCCACGUGGACCUCGCCCUGUCGGACAGUUCAUCCCUGAGUGCGAUGAAAAUGGCGAUUAUCGGCCCGUUCAGUGCUUCGCUAGCACUGGGCAGUGCUGGUGUGUGGAUCGAAAUGGACAAGAGAUACCUGGGACUCGCACAGACGAUGGCAGCCAACCUUACUGUCUCCCUCAUGGCACUGUGGCUCCACCUGUCGGACCCCGGCCUCGACCCGAUGUGGUUUUGCCCCCAGGGACACACCUGCUGUUUGCCCAGAGUGGCAGAAUAGAUCACAUCCCAUUGGAAGCUUACAAUAUGAAAAAGCAAGAUGCCAAGGCUGUCCUCCAUCUUCCUGGGAAGGUAAUCAUCGGAGUGGCCUAUGACUGCAUGGAGAAGAUGAUUUACUGGACAGACAUUUCAUCUCCUUCGAUUAGCAAGGCUAGCAUCGAUGGAGGAGAACCCACUGCUGUCAUCAUAUCAGAUUUGAGCAGCCCUGAAGGGAUUGCCAUUGACCACAUGGGCCGAACGAUGUUCUGGACUGACUCCAUGGCCGAUCGCAUUGAGGUGGCGUCUCUGGAUGGGACUCAGCGUCGAGUCCUCAUAGACACAGAUCUCGUAAACCCCCGAGCUAUCGUCACUGACCCCAUCAACGGGAAUUUGUACUGGGCUGACUGGAAUCGUGAAGCUCCGAAGAUUGAAACGUCCUACAUGGACGGAUCCAACAGGAGACUGCUGGUCCAGAGCGAGCUGGGCCUGCCGAACGCCUUGACGUACGACUCUCAGAGCUCCCUGCUGUGCUGGGCGGACGCAGGCACACAUAAAAUGGAGUGCAUGAAUCCUGGCCGGGCUCAGCGCAGCACGGUUCUGGAAGGACUCCAGUACCCGUUUGGAAUUACAGCCUUUGGGAAGAACCUCUACUACACUGAUUGGCAAAGGAAUGCCGUCGUUGAAGUGGACCAAUAUGCUGGAAAGGAGUUGGAUGAGUUCCAGCCACAGAAACGAGCCAAUAUCUACGGGAUCACCACGGCCUACGCCCAAUGUCUUCCAGGUCAAAACUACUGUUCUGUGAACAACGGCGGCUGCACUCACCUCUGUUUAGCGACGCCAAGGGGCCGCUCCUGCAAGUGUCCCGACAGCGGAGCGAGCGUGGGCUGCGUGGAGAGAGAGUACUGAAAUCCUCAGAGAGUCGACAAUUCUCAGAUGUUUGGACCACUCGGUGUUGCGAAAUCUUUUGAAAAAAGUGGAGCAAAAGUCAACUUUUUAACAUUUCUAUUCACUAAACUCUCAUCCACAAUAGGUUCUGUACAUAAAAAUACACUGUCAUGUUUAAUUAUUUCCUGAGUGCACAUAAACUGAGAAUAAAGCUCAAGGAUCCAUAAUUUAAUGUGAAGUUUAUUGGAGCAGCAUCUGGUGUCAGUGGUGUUACACUGUGUCAUGUCCGACUAAAAGCUUGUUAGCUUUUAUGGUCUCAUUGUUGACUUGAUUGGAUAAACAUCUCUGUGAAGCUGGUAGAAUCACGUUACAAACCGGCCAGCUAAUAAAUAAAUACAUGUUUUUCUACCAC